CAGUGAGCACCAAACAGCCGUGCGCCGCAGUGCUUGAGCGAGUCAGGUCCUGAGGCCACUCUGGCUAUCCUCCUUACAAUUCAUGUGAAAUACCUACUGCAGGACAAAGCAUCUGAUGGUUUGGAGGAUGUUUCUGUAGUCCUAGGAAUCCACAGUGAAUUCGAGUCUAGACUCAGUCAUUUUUCAGGGUCAGGGGAGGAGGGAGAAGUAGCAAAUCAGAUAUGCCCAAAACGUUACAGAGGUAACAGUGAAUCCAGGAUGCUGCUGUCAGCCUGUGCAUUGUGAAGAAGGCAAUCAUAGCUGAGCAGCCGCGGAAGCAGGAGCAGCAGCGUGCUAAGAAGCAGUCACAUAAACAGCAGCUGGAGUAGGCCUCCUCCUUUUUAAAAGCAGAAUACUGCAGGGUCGUGAAAUGCAAGAUUCUCAGAUGUUUGAAAAUCUCCCGAGUUGAGAAUGGCUACUGUAAAAGCGUCACCAAGAAACUCUGAUGAUCUGGACAGUCCUAACUCUGUGUUAGCAAUACUUACUUCUGGAAAAUUAAUGCUACUUCUUGUAGAUUUUUGCAAAUAGGAAACCCCCUUGAAGAAGAUCUCAAAUUACGCCCCCCACCCCCCAAAAAAAGACAAAACAGGGGAGAACAAAGUUUUGGCAUGCCUGCAGGAACGGUGGCUUUUUUAGAAACUACCUAGGAGGCAGAAGCUAAGCGAUUUGCUCAUGCCUCUUACCUGGGAGUAGAAGGUGGGAAGAAAUGGACCGAGGCUGUGACGAGAAGACAAGGCACAGUGCAGCUUGGUGAAGCCACACGCUGACUGCGUUCUGCCCCCUCUUCAUGCAGUGCUGCGGGCUGGUGCAUCGCCGGCGAGUACGGGUGUCCUAUGGUUCGGCAGACUCCUACACUAGCCGUCCAUCCGAUUCCGAUGUAUCUCUGGAGGAGGACCGGGAAGCAGUGCGCAGAGAAGCGGAGCGGCAGGCCCAGGCACAGUUGGAAAAAGCAAAGACAAAGCCCGUGGCAUUUGCAGUUCGGACAAAUGUCAGCUACAGUGCGGCCCAUGAAGAUGAUGUUCCAGUGCCCGGCAUGGCCAUCUCAUUCGAAGCAAAAGAUUUUCUGCAUGUUAAGGAAAAAUUUAACAAUGACUGGUGGAUAGGGAGACUGGUAAAAGAAGGCUGUGAAAUCGGAUUCAUUCCAAGCCCAGUAAAACUAGAAAACAUGAGGCUGCAGCAUGAACAGAGAGCCAAGCAAGGGAAAUUCUACUCCAGUAAAUCAGGAGGAAAUUCAUCAUCCAGUUUGGGUGACAUAGUACCUAGUUCCAGAAAAUCAACACCUCCAUCGUCUGCUGUAGACAUAGAUGCUACUGGCUUAGAUGCAGAAGAAAAUGAUAUUCCAGCAAACCACCGCUCCCCUAAACCCAGUGCAAACAGUGUAACGUCACCCCACUCCAAAGAGAAACGAAUGCCCUUCUUUAAGAAGACAGAGCACACUCCUCCAUAUGAUGUGGUACCUUCCAUGCGACCAGUGGUCCUAGUAGGCCCUUCUCUGAAGGGCUAUGAGGUCACAGAUAUGAUGCAAAAAGCGCUGUUUGAUUUUUUAAAACACAGAUUUGAAGGGCGGAUAUCCAUCACAAGGGUCACCGCUGACAUCUCGCUUGCCAAACGCUCAGUAUUAAACAAUCCCAGUAAGCACGCAAUAAUAGAAAGAUCCAACACAAGGUCAAGCUUAGCUGAAGUUCAGAGUGAAAUUGAAAGGAUUUUUGAACUUGCAAGAACAUUGCAAUUGGUGGUCCUUGAUGCGGAUACGAUUAAUCAUCCAGCUCAACUCAGUAAAACCUCCUUGGCCCCUAUUAUAGUAUAUGUAAAGAUUUCUUCUCCUAAGGUUUUACAAAGGUUAAUAAAAUCUCGAGGGAAAUCUCAAGCUAAACACCUCAACGUCCAGAUGGUAGCAGCUGAUAAACUGGCUCAGUGUCCUCCAGAGUUGUUCGAUGUGAUCUUGGAUGAGAACCAGCUUGAGGAUGCCUGUGAGCACCUUGCCGACUAUCUGGAGGCCUACUGGAAGGCCACCCAUCCUCCCAGCAGCAGCCUCCCCAACCCUCUCCUUAGCCGUACAUUAGCCACUUCAAGUCUGCCUCUUAGCCCCACCCUAGCCUCUAAUUCACAGGGUUCUCAAGGUGAUCAAAGGACUGAUCGCUCCGCUCCUAUCCGUUCUGCUUCCCAAGCUGAAGAAGAACCUAGUGUGGAACCAGUCAAAAAAUCCCAGCACCGCUCUUCCUCCUCAGCCCCACACCACAACCAUCGCGGUGGGACAAGUCGCGGCCUCUCCAGGCAAGAGACAUUUGACUCGGAAACCCAGGAGAGUCGAGACUCUGCCUACAUAGAGCCAAAGGAAGAUUAUUCCCAUGACCACGUGGACCACUAUGCCUCACACCGUGACCACAACCACAGAGACGAGACCCACGGGAGCAGUGACCACAGACACCGGGAGUCUCGGCACCGUUCCCGAGACGUGGAUCGAGAGCAGGACCACAAUGAGUGCAACAAACAGCGCAGCCGUCAUAAAUCCAAGGAUCGCUACUGUGAAAAGGAUGGAGAAGUGAUAUCCAAAAAACGGAAUGAGGCUGGGGAGUGGAACAGGGAUGUUUACAUCCGCCAAUGACUUUUGCCCUUUUGUGUUUUUUUUUUUUUGAAGUCUUGUAUAACAGCAUCCCCAAAACAAAGCCUUUGGGGUCUACACUGCAAUCAUAUGUGAUCUGUCUUGUAAUAUUUUGUAUUGCUGUUGCUUAAAUAGCAAUAGCAUGAAUAGAGUAUUAAGAUACUUUUUCUUUUGUAAGUGCUACAUAAAUUGGCCUGGUAUGGCUGCAGUCCUCCGGUUGUAUACUGGACUCUUCAAAAACUGUUUUGGGUAGCUGCCACUUGAACAAAAUCUGUUGCCACCCAGGUGAUGUUGGUGUUUUAAGAAAUAUAGUUGAUGUAUCCAACAAGCCAGAAUCAGCACAGAUAAAAAGUGGAAUCUCUCGUUUCUCCAGAUUUUUAAUACGCAGGCACCUGAUUUGCAUAUUCAUUCAUGGACCACUGUUUCUUGCUUGUACCUCUGGCUGACUAAAUUUGGGGACAGAUUCAGUCUUGCCUUACACAAAGGGGAUCAUAAAGUUAGAAUCUAUUUUCUAUGUACUAGUACUGUGUACUGUAUAGACAGUUUGUAAAUGUUAUUUCUGCAAACACCUUCUUAUUAUAUUAUAUAUAUAUAUAUAUAUAUAUAAGUUUGAUCACACUAUUUUAGAGUCUUAAUGCCAAGUCAGCAGAUUUGCUUUAUGAAUUACAGGGACUAGAAAUGCCCACAUUCAGGAAAUUUGUAAUAACAUUGUCUAGACACCUAUCCUCAUUCUAGUAGAAAGAUUGUACAUACUGUAAAUAUGUGUGAUUGCUUGACUUGAAAAGGUUUGAAUUCUGAAUGUUAUACCAUCCUUGUAAGUUUGUAAUUUUCACCAUAAAUUAUGGUAAAUAUAAAACUCCAGAGGUUGUUCUACUCCAUACAGUUCACACUGAUUGUGACACAUUCUUAGUAGCUAGUGUCUGUUCUAGUCACUGCACUGGAGUCUAUGAGCCGGAACUCGCUAUAUGCACGUGUGUGUGUCCGUAUGUAAGAGUGUGCACGAGUGACUGAAUGGCUGAGAUGAAUUGGAAUGCUGAAGACUAGUGAAGAAACUAAAGACUGAUAUCGAGCAUUCUGCCCACCUGGCUCUGUAUUUAAUUGUGCUAUAUGUUGCUUUAAUAACCCAUUGAGCAGUCAGGGAAUGUGAGUAAGCUUGCUGCCAAAGGUAACUAGGAAAGCAUUCAUCUGCUGCCUCCUUGUUUUUGCUCAUAGAGAGUAAAAAUACAGGCAAUUUUACUGUGAGUGUUUCACUGGAAAUGUACAAUCUUUGUGUGUUAGAGUAUUUGUUUUAGUAAGAAAUGUUUACACAGCUUGUGGAAUUAUUUCGUGGGAAAAUAAAUUUUUAUAACUUCUCCCACUUCA